UCAAGUUGUAAAAAUGACAACGACAACUAAUCAGGGAGAAGUUUUGAGGCAGUUCCUAACCAAUGAUCCGAAAGGAAGACAGUCCCUUGUGGUUCCUGAGGGUCGCUACAAAGGAUGGGUACCGAGAUGUUUGUACGAAAUGAAUUGUGCCAAUGUCUGUCUCCCGUUCCUCAAACUGCUCUCAUUUCCAGUAGGGGGAAGCAGUCUUGGAAAUCUGGUCGGCAUGGAAACGUUCAAUGCAGUUGGGAACUAUUUAACACGCCUACCAGAUUCAUUUGGAAAAUGUCAGAAUCUUGUGCGCUUAAACCUGAGUUAUAAUUAUCUAGAAAGGAUUCCAUCAGCCAUAUUCCAGCUGUCAAAUUUACUUGAGCUUGAUUUGAGUGAAAAUGAGCUGUCUGCAAUACACCCAUCUAUUGGGAAUCUUAAAAGGUUAAAAACACUGAACCUGAGUGGGAAUCUACUGGAUGAGCUUCCUGCUGAGUUGGCACAAUGUGAAAAGCUUGAGAGACUUGACUUGUCUCGAAAAUGGUACCCUAAGGGUGGAUUUCAGGUGUUACCAGAAGCAGUGUGUUACUUAACCGAGCUGACUUAUCUAGACAUAAGCUGGCACCAAGUAUCUACCAUAACCGACGAUGUUAAAAAUAUGACGAAACUUCAGACAUUGCGUAUGAGGGGCAACUACUUGAAACAUGUUUCGCCGUCUAUAUCGGAGUGCCGCAAGCUCCAGUACCUAGACCUUACUGGAGCCAUGAAACUCAAUUCUUACAUACCACCAGAGAUUUUUACGUUACCCGAACUUAGAAUUUUAGAUCUUACAAAUAAUUACUUCACGGAAAUUUCACCGGAUAUAAUAGGCUUGAAGAAAUUGAAAAAGAUGAUAAUGCGGAGGAAUGCAUUGCUACGCAUACCGGAUGAAAUAUUCAAAAUGGAGAGUCUCGAGGCAUUAGAUUUGUGUGAAAAUUAUUUAGAGGAUAUACCUCAUUGUAUUAAUAAGUUAAAGACGUUAAAAUGCUUAUAUUUAGCUUGCAAUAAGAUAAAAGAAAUACCGGAGGAGAUUUGCGAGUGUGAAGAGCUUCAAGAAAUACAGCUGCAUUACAACAAGCUUGAGUUAUUGCCCGAUGAUAUUUCUAAACUCUACAAAUUAGAAGAACUCAUGUUAGAAGGAAACCAGUUAAAGAGACUGCCAUUAAUGUUAGAUAAACUAGAGAAGUUGAGAGAGACCGGAAGAUUAAGUUUGUACAACAACAACCUGGUGAAACCCCCUCAAAGUAUCUGUGAUCAGGGAGUGGACAGUCUCUAUGGUUACCUCAAGGAGUUGAGAAUUUGUGAGGCCACUCAUAGGAAGAAGCUGAUCCUGAUCGGUGCGUCGAAGGCCGGCAAAUCAAGUCUACGCAAUGUUUUAAUUCUCGGAAAAUCACGACUUACAGCAGAACAUGAAAGAACGUGGGUCAUGGAACAGCAUCUUUGGGAGCCAGAACCUGACCUCCGGGUUCAGAUAUUAGAUUUCGGGGGUCAUCACAUCUACUCAGCUGCCCAUCACAUGUUCCUGACACCCGAGGCUCUACACAUACUGGUGUUUGACAUGAACACAUACGUGCCUGGAGACUACGACCUGAAGAUCGGCGAUUGGCUAGAUUCUAUAAUGGACCGGGCACCAGGUACUGAUUUGGAGAUGAAUCUAAGGAUAGAACAGAGAAAACUCACUGAUGCUCAUAAAGAAUCGGGUCAGAAAUUCCCUGAUCUGGUGACACAGCGGUUACAGGAACGUGUAAACAAGAUGCAGAAACUGCAUAUUACGAGGAUCAAACUUCCAACCGAGAUCUUUGUAGUCAGCUGCGCAGAGACCCUGUCAGGAAUUAUAAACUUUCACGAGUGUCUGACGGACACCUUGAAAUCAUCUGAAGGUCAGCCAUUGCCAACGUCCUGGUUUAAAUUCCUUACUGCGAUACAAGAAAGGCCGGAGAAGAUAUUGAGUUGGACGCAAACACUGGAGAUAUUUGAGUCAAUAAUAGCCACAUUGAAACAGUCCAUGUAUAUGUUGCAGGGGUCAGCAGAGAAGAGUCUUGAAAUGGUGUUACGCUAUCUUCAUGUAACAGGAGAGAUCGUCUGGUAUCACGAUAAUCCGAAGCUACGUAAUAUCGUGUUCCAUCACCCGGAGACCCUCGUUGAAAUGUUGAGAGCUAUAUUUAGACACGAUUUUAGAGAGGUAGUUAACUACGUAGAUACGUAUGGCCAGAUGACAGGUUUGUCUCAGGUGAGAUUUACAAGUUUGAAAGAAGAAUUCUUACAGCGAGGGUUGAUGACAAAUGAUCUGCUGAGUUACUGUUUACAGCAUUUUAACUUGAGUCUAGAAUCACAGGAGACAUUCAUGGACUUGAUGCUGAAGUUUGAUCUUUGUUACCAGGUGAAAGACCCAACCAGUGCGCCAGGAACUUUGGGUUCGAAACAAAUCCUGCAGUUUCCAUGGUUUCUAACUUGUACACCUCCAGCAGACUUUGCCGUUAAAUGGCCGGAAAAGGUACCAAUUAACAUCAUAGAAUUAAGGUAUCAACUGCAGUUCUUAAAAAAGGGCUUACCAAAUUUCUUUGAGAAGAUGUCGGCACGGUUACAGAGUUACGUAACUCAGAGAGAAGAUUGGAAAGAUGGCAUCCUUGCUAGCAGAAAUAAAUGCAAGCUUCUGUUGACCAGGAAGAAAACGGCGGGAUUAAGUUGUAUAACUCUGUCAGUGAGAGGUGCAGAUCUGCAAGAUUUGUGGUUCUUGAUUUUAACAUUGAGAGCUGAUAUGCUGGCUUUGUUACAGGAGUGGCCAUUCGUAAAGGUUGACCCAUAUAUGGUAUGUGCACAUUGUAUAGCAACCAGUACCAACCCCCCGUAUCUAUGGCGAGGUGAGAUAUUGGAUGCUAAAUGUCCGAAGGAGUUUCCAUCAGAAGAUAUAAACCGUCAUAUAACAACUGUAACAGACUUCCUCAGGAAUAACUACGACACUGUAGACAGUGCAGGACUAUUAUCUGACCUGGUGAUGUCAAGGAUCGCAGCAAAGUUAGGAUUUGAGUGGAACCAGGUGGCGCUGGAGCUCGGACUUACACAGGCUAAUAUAGAACAGAUUCAGAUUAGUCAUAAAUACGAGGGGGCACAUAAAAUGAUACUCAGCGCACUCUUAAAGUGGCGUGACAAUAAUGGAGGUACUAAUGAGGAGAAGAUAGAAAUAUUAAUGCAGGCAAUACGUGAUGGUAACCGCCAUGAUUUAGCUGAUGAAUUGAUGUCACAAUAUAUAGGUUCAUAGUGAAGAAUCAAAGGCAGCUUUAAUUGUUGUGAUGCUUGAUUGUUUUGAUUAUUCUCAUCCUUGCUUAUAGAACAUGUUCCUCAACUUGUGACCAUACUAUCUACAUGAACAGCACUUGCAAAUAUGACCUUUGUGUUAUGCAUAUUAUCUGUGUCAUGUGAAAAGAUUUGUCAAUUGUGUGUAAUAUUUACCACAUUGUUGAAUCAUGUGACCACAUUUUGCAAUUUGGCAAUUAUGUGUACAGUGGUGUACAUUUUAAGUGCUGGCGGCAACAGAUUUUGCCCCAUGUGAUCAGUGCAGACCAUGUUCAACAGCCAGCACAUUCCUGUCAUCUGAGGAUAAUCUGCACUGUUCGCUUUUCAGUCUGUUCACAUUUUGAAAUUUUCCCCUGAAAAUGAUGAAUGGUUUUGUCCAGAUUUAAAGAUGGACAAGUCCAUUUAAGAUACUUGGCAUAGUUAGGGUUAAAGGUAUAUGAUAAGAAACAAUUUUGUUUGUUGAUUUAUAGAAUAUUUGUGUGUUACUUUAAUGGAAAUGUAAUUGUGUUCACAUAUUUUUCAUAGAUUUAUUUACGGUGGUAUUGCCAUAUGACUUGUGAUCUGCGUGGGUAGAAAGUCAAUACUAAAGAUGGUCCAGG